UCCCUUAGUUCGGCGCUCCCGUAUAAAAACGUGGCGUUCCCAGAACCCGGACAGUGUCUGCCUGUUCACUGAAGAAUCAUUAGCCGGCACAAUGCAGUUCAGUGCAAUUAUUCUAUUAGUGUCAAUAUGUGUGGUGAAUGCGUCCGUUAUCAUCAAUAUUUAUGAUGACAACCAUGGUGAAACUAAAUCGGUUGAAGACUGCAACUUCCAAGCGUGCGACCAGCUGUGUCGCAACCUAGGGUUCCCCGGCGGUGCCUGCGUGGGAGACCGAUGCGACUGCGACAACUUCAAACCACAUCACAGUUACAACCAUAAGGUUUCCGUCCCGGUUGAAGACUGCAACUUCCAAGCGUGCGACCAGCUGUGUCGCAACCUAGGGUUCCCCGGCGGCGCUUGCGUGGGAGACCGAUGCGACUGCGACAACUUCAAACCACAAAGUUCUAAUCAUAUUUCCAUCCCAGUUGAAGAGUGCAAUUCUCAAGUCUGUGACCAGUUGUGUCGCUGGCUGGGAUACCCUAGUGGCACCUGCGAUGACGACCAUUGUAAUUGCAACGAUUACCUACAAUUGAACAGCAAAAACCAUAAGGUGUCCCACUCAAGCAAAGACAAUGAAAUGUCACUUACAGUGAAAGACUGCAACUUCCAAGCCUGUGAUCAGCUGUGCCGCAGACUGGGCUUCCCCGGCGGCGCUUGCGUCGGGGACAAGUGUGAAUGUGAUAACUUCAAACCACACAGUAUCCCUGACCAUCAUAGGAUCCGCAAACUGUUCACUUGCGACACGGUUAUCUGCGAUGAAAUGUGCCAUCGAUUGAAUUUCGCAGGAGGCAUGUGCGAAGGAGGAAACUGCCAGUGCUACUAACCAAUAUUAAGGAAGAGUCUGAAUUAGACUGUUAAUAAAGUAUUUAAUACAAAAAGAGCUUAUUACAGAAUUUUUACUCGAUAAA